GCUAUGAACUAGACCUCUUUCAUUAACAGAAAAGAAGGAAAUACGGAAGAGGGAGUGGUGAACCACCCUGUGCUGGAGUGACGGGAAGCAAUGCAGAAAUCAGAGUGCCAUGGAGACACACAGUUGAGAAACAGAGUGAGAGGUAAUGAUGAUCAAAGGACAUCAUCAAGUCCACAGAGAAAGCCUAGGACUACAGUUCAACGAAGCAAAUCCUCAUCCUCAUCGUCAGCCAGUUCUCCAGAUGCUGCAAUAAAAGUCCAUCCUCGACCAAGUGAUAAACUUAACCCUAAAACAAUUAACCCGUUCGGUGAACAGUCACGAGCCCCUUCUGCAUUUGCAGCUGUUUACUCUAAAGGUGGUAUUCCUUGCAGGUUGGUCCAUGGUUCAGUAAAACACAGAUUACAGUGGGACUCUCCUCCUGAAAAUCUUUCCUUUGAUCCUCUUCUUAUUACUUUAGCCGAGGGUCUGAGAGAGACUAAACAUCCAUACACCUUUGUUUCAAAGGAGGGUUUUAGAGAAUUACUCUUGGUCCGAGAUGCUCCUGAAAAAGCUGUGCCUUUGCUUCCUAGACUGAGUCCUGUGCUGAAGGCGGCUCUGGCCCAUUCGGAUGAUGAAGUGUUUGAAAGAGGACUGAAUGCUCUCGUGCAGUUAAGUGUCGUCGUUGGUCCUUCUCUGAAUGACCACCUGAAACAUCUGCUUACCAGUCUAUUCAAGAGACUAAGGGACAAGAAGUUCAAAGAGCCGAUCACGAAUGCAUUGCAGAAGCUGGAGCAGCAUGGUGGAAGUGGAAGCCUUAUCAUCAUCAAAGCUAAAAUUCCAACAUAUUGCUCCAUAUGUUGUUGAAGAAGGGAGCUGACAGAAAUCUUACUGCCUGGUGACAGGUGUUACACGCUGGCCGUGGAUACCUGUGGGACCUUCUCAGUUCACUGCAGGCUAUUCUUUUCUAAAUCACAGCCACCAUUCAUUAUUUACUAGUUUCCGAUGAAUAUGCACAAUUCCACUGAAUCAUAGCUUUUGAAAUUUACAGGCGUCGUCCCGGGUGUUGAUGUAGUAGAAGCUGACUCUGGAUGAUCUACGAGAGGAAGGAGUAGAAGAGAAAUAGAAAACGAGAUUAAGACUUUCCCCCUCAAGGGCAAGAAGGGAGCCCAUAGAAACGAGUCGUCGCACCAAAUCCAAGCUGACUGAUAUUUCCGAAGAGGGGACGUGAGGGGUCACUCUUAUAUAGGGGCAGCGAUAUCAUAUUCCAGAAGCACCAGAGGAAACCAACACCUGGAGUGACCUCUUUGCAGUCUCGCUUUAACUAGUCUCCAGCUAUAAUUGAAAAGAAUGCAGGUAAUUUCUGAAGCAUCAUAGUUGCAGAAGUGCUCGUCGUCCUUCGGAUCUUGUGUGCUUCCUGGGUCCCUGCCUGGUACACUCUCCUCAGGUCGCACUUGUAACAUCCUCAGGUAAUAUUAGCUACAACGUCUGCCUGCCCUGGCCUCUCUCUUACUCUCCCACAUUGCACUCAGCGCCACCCAAGCUAAAGAUACCGACAAUCUAGAAAAUGCCAUAAGCAAAAAUAUUGUUAAUCUAGUCAUUUUAAAAUUUGUUGGAAUAAAGACCUAUAAGAUACAGUA